AUGAACCCACCAAACAGCAACCUCCGAGCCUUCAACCUCGCCGUCUCCACCCUCCUCAAAUCCCCCGCUCAAUUCCUCCCGCACCUCACCAUCCCGACCAUCACGCAUCUCCCAGAACAAAUCGGACCGGUUCUCGCAUCCUCAUAUACCAAUCCCACCUCCUCGUCCACGACAAACCCAACCCCAAAGAAACCAAUCACAAUCCGCGCCCUAAUCCUCGACAAAGACAACACGCUCUGCGCCGCAAAAACCACCUCCUUCCCACCGCAAAUCCUCAACAAACUAACCACCCUCCGGACCUCCCCAACCUCACCUUUCAACAUGCACUCCGCCCCUCACUCGAUCCUAAUCGUGUCGAACCGUGCAGGUUCCCACCCUCGCUACGACUCUGAGAUCACCGAACUGCAAGAAAACGGGCUCUCGGGGCUCCGGAUCCCCGUGUUCCGACUACCGCAGGGGAGCGAGAAGAAACCGUUCUGUGGACGGGAGGUCCUGGCGUGGUUUACGGAGCGGGGGGUCGUGAAGGGGCCGGAGGAGAUUGCCGUCGUGGGGGAUCGGUUGGGCACGGAUGUGUUGAUGGCGGCGCAGAUGGGGGCGUGGAGUGUUUGGUGUCGGGACGGGGUGACGGAGGGGGUUGAUCCGCGACGAGGGAGGGAGGAUUUGAAUGUCCUGGAGAAGAUGGAAGCGUGGUUGGAAAUGUAUCUGCUCCUACCGAUGACUACGCGGAAGCAGAUGGAGAUCAUGAUCUGGAUUGAAUUGUUCCUCUACUGUCGUCGCGAAGAAUGUCUCAGCUUCGCGACGACUAGUGCCGACUAUGAGCCGGCACUUCAACUAGCUAAUGCAUCAUCGACCAAGGAUUCCAACUCAGACCACAAGUCACCCAAAAAAGAUGACCAUCACAAAGGGAAAUAUGCAAACAAUUCCUAA